AUGUCAGGUGAUCCAGCUAUGGGGAAACCAGUUAUUGAGGAGGAUGGGAAACCGUCAACAUCAACACCUGCCUCAGCUCAAGAACCAAUCACGACCUCCUCUUUGAAACCUUCAGCUGGUCCAUCGUCCGGCUCCAAAUCAACAGAACCACCCCAUCCACUACAGCCCACUCCUUCUCAUUCUCAUUCCGGUAUAAUCGAUCUCGCUUCACCCCAAUCCUCACCAUCCAAGAGACAAUCCACCACACCAUCACUUACUUCUUCCCGUCCAGCUCCAGCCUCUCCGGCAUCUUCCAGACCACCUUCAACGCAAUUCGACUCUUCUCUCAGGGAUCGUUCCGGUUCUCUCUCAGCCUCGUCUAACAGAAGAGUAUCUUCCUCUUCAGCUUCGUCAUCUACGGCUAAAGGACCGAAACCCAAAUCGAGAUCGAGGGCAUCAUCAAAAGUCAGACCUAAAUCUAUGCUUGGAACAAAUAUAACAUUACCUGAAUCGUCAACUUCCACCCCUUCUUCCGAAGAUCAAAAAGAUUCAAGUACAUUACCAAUACCUGAACAUAGCGAACAAGAUAUAUCUGCCUCUACUUCUGCAUCCGCAUCGCAAAUGAUGCAAUCAUCGUGGGGCGAUACUCCGACUGAAUCAUUUCAAGUCAUCUUACCUUCUGUUAUAAUCCGUGAUUUCGCAUACCCAUCUACGGACGAGAGGUAUCAUGGUAAAGGUACGAUAGAAGAUGAGGGGAAUGCAAGUGAAUCGAAUUCAAAUGUGUUCAAAUGGCCUUGGAAAGGUGAUCCCGCGGAAAGUUCGUCAAGUGGAGCGGGAGGGGGAGGGGGUUGGGGUGGAUUUGGUUUUUUGGGAGGUUGGAGAAACAGAUCUGCUCAAGAUAAAAAUGAUAGACCGACAUUCGAAGAUGACGAUGAAGAUGAUGAUAUAUCCGACGAUGAAGGGGACGAUCAAUAUUAUUCGUCACCUGCUCAAUCCGAUUCCGGGUUGAGUCCCUCAGCUUCGACAUCUUCGUACUCUUACAAUAUACUCGAACCACUUUCACCCUCCAUAGAACCCAAGGGGUAUUAUCGUGCGGCCUAUCCGUUCCAGGCAUUAAGCUCGAGCGAAAUGAAUCUCCAAGAAGGUGAUUUGGUGAAUCUUGUGGGAAGAGGGAAUGGUGAUCCAGGUUGGGUCAUUGCUAGAAGAGUGAAUAUUCAAAAUGGCAAGAUUAUAGGUAUAGAUGAGAAAGUCGGGUUGGUACCGGAAAGUUACCUGGAGAGAGUCGAGGUGGUUGAGGAUUAG